CACAGAUUAGAGAGACUAGUGUUCUGUACAUUACUUUUCUGUUCGUUUAAUUGUUGUCAAUGUUUGUUUUUUUAAUUCUCUGAGAUUUUUUUUGUUUUCUUUCAUCGGUUUUGUUAUCAGAAUAUCUUUAUAAAAUUAAUGUUUUAAUUGGGGUAAGAAAUAAAUAUCUUGAACAAAAUGGAUUCGGAUAAUUUAAUCAAACAGGCUGAGGAAGUUGAAGCACUGAGCUCCAUUUAUGGCGAUGAUUGGACUAUAGAAAGUGACAAUUUUAAAUCAUACCGUAUCCGUAUUGUAGAAAAUAAAAAUGAAGCUCUGUUGUUUGUCACUAUGCCACCUGACUAUCCUACUUUGUCGCCACCUAAAUAUGAAUUGUCGGCACCAUGGAUGGAUAGGAAGAUAAAAGAAAACCUUCAUAAGUCACUAGAUGAAGUAUACUUAGAAAAUAUAGGAGAAACAGUAAUAUACCAAUGGGUAGAAAAAAUAAGAGAAGUUUUACAAAAUAUAAAAUCUACUGAGACACCAAAAAAUAUCGUUACACCAGUUAUUGAAUCCUUAGAUAUGACAAAGUUAAAAAUAAAUUGUCCAGAAAUAACUCAUGGUGAGGUAAUAGUAGACAGGAAAAGUUCAUUCCAAGGUCACGCUGCUGAGGUCCACAGUGUAGAAGACGUCAAUGCAGUAAUUACGAAAUUAAAAGAAAAUAAAAAAAUAUUAAAUGCAACACACAACAUGUAUGCAUACCGUAUUGAAAGAAAAACAGCGAAAGGUACCACUAUAUUGCAAGAUUGUGAUGACGAUGGUGAAGCACAUGCUGGUAGUCGGAUGCUGCAUUUAUUGCAAAUAUUAGACCAGAAGAACACAUUAGUUGUGGUUUCAAGAUGGUAUGGAGGGAUCCAGCUUGGUCCUGACAGAUUUCGUCAUAUAAACAAUGCCACCAGACAGGUCAUUCAACAAGCUGGCAUGUUGAAGAAAUGACGUUGCAUUACUACAUUGUGUAGCUAAAUUAUUUAUUUGAAAAUUUUGGCCUUAAUUUUGUACGUUACUUAGAUCAUAUUUUCGAUAAAUGUUCUUGAAACUUUUAAAGUUAUUUGUAACUUAAGGCUAGAAAAGGAUAGUAAGUGAGACAUGAUAAUCGAAUUUAUUGUACCAAAAUAAACAUUAUCUAAAUAUCCUGAAACUCAGUAUGUUUUUUGUCAACUAUUUAUGGAUCUGUAUUGAUAUAACCGUAUUGAAAUUGUGGUAAUGGUUUACGUACGUAUUUUAACAUUUCUAAGAUGUGGGGGCGAACAAAUGAAUCUUUGAAAAUAGCACACACGAUAUUGACCCUAAACUAUUAGUUGAAUUAUUCAAUCUGAUAUUACAAAAAGCUGAAAUUUAUGCACAAUGAUCUGAAUUUAAUAUCGUUUUAAUACACAAGAAGGGCGACCCCCAAGGAUAUAGGUAACUAUAGACCGAUAAGUUUGCUAUCGAGUUUCUAAUAACUGUGUAACUCUAGGAGAGAGUACUGUAAGUUGAUUGUUGGAUACAUGAAUAAAGAAACAUUUGUAAUUA